CCAGGCUACAGUCAGUGCAGUACAAGUACAAGACAGUCGCGUGGCUGUCGUUCCCCUUGUUGGUGGUGGUGAUGUUCAGUAUCACGUUGCAAGAAACUGAAAAUGUAUCUCCCUUUCUUCCCGACCGUGUCGCCCUAUCACGCGUAAUACUACUACUACUAGUGUACUAGUGUUAGGUACAGCUUGCUGUGAACAGAUUCACUCGUCAUGCAUGUACAUGUAGUGAGAUAGUGCCUAUUAGUGGUGCCUUCUGGCUGACGAGGAACCCGUUGUCCUUCGUAUCACAAUCCUAUUCAGUGGCUGCAACUGGCUGUGCUAUUGAGGCCCGGCGAGCUGCCAAACGCGCAUCGAAGCAUGAAAAUAACCUACGAAUGCCUGCUUCGCCAUGAUGUGAGGUGAUCACGCACCGGCUGGCUAGAGGAUUACUGCCCUCGCCAGAUGCAGAGCAAGUGACUCAGAAGCCUGGAGAGUAGUGUGGCGGACGGUAGAUACUCGCGUUGCCUCACUAGCCUGGUCUCGACCUGAUGGUCUCCGCUUUCCACUGUACUAGAUCUAUUGCCGGCCGAGCGAGAUAGACGUUAGUCUAGCUGCGACCUGGCACUGGGAUCCAUGACCCUUUGGCAUUGCGCAGUGCUGUCGCUCGUUCACUGCGCUGCGCCGAGCACAGCUGUGAGGAGUGAUGACGGAAGAAACGGCGGAGGCUAGCGGUGAUUCUAGCGUUGCUUCCCCUGACGCCGAAGCAGCUGUAGCUCUGGGCAGUAACGGUGCUGCAGUGGUAGACGCGGCGGUGGCUAGUGGUGAAAGCACAGCAGCCUGGCAGGAUCAGGGAAAAGAUGUGAGCUCCAAGAUGAUGAUGGGUAGAAAUUCGUCUACGCAGGAUCCUUCAAGAAAAAACCUGAAUGGCUCGACACCCGGUGGCGUUCUUCGCGGUCGUGAACGCAAAUGGAUAGACAUGAUCAAGAACUGGGACAAAGUAAUGAAGCACAAGCCUGAGAAGGUAAAGAAGAGGUGUCGCAAGGGUAUUCCGCAGUCAAUCCGACCCAAGGCCUGGAUGCUUCUCUCUGGUGCUGAACACUUGAAAAAGAAGAAUCCACGUCGGUUCGAGGAAUUGGCUGCUGGUGAAGUGGACGAAAAAGUGAUGGAGCAGAUUCGGAAAGAUCUUCACAGAACACUUCCGAAGUUUGAGAUGUUCAAGUCGCCACAAGGACAAGGGCAAGCCGAUCUUCUGAAGAUCCUCAAAAGCUACGCAGUUCACAACCCUGCGAUUGGUUAUACUCAGGCCAUGAGUGACAUAGCUGGCAGCCUACUGACUGUGAUGCCAGCAGAGGAUGCGUUCUGGGUGUUUGUCGCCAUCAUCGACAACUAUCUGCCAAACUACUUUGCCGACGGAAUGGUGCCCUUGCUGAACGAUGCAGACAUCUUCGAUGACCUACUCAGCGAAACACUACCGGACAUUGAUGAUCACCUGAAGCUACUUGGCAUUCCGUCACUCACUUACCUGCCACCGUGGUUUUUGUGUAUCUUCACCAGGACACUGGAGUGGAGCUGUGUACUGCGCGUCCUUGAUAUGUUUUUCUUUGAAGGCAUCAAAGUUCUAUUCCGUGUUGCAGCGUCGAUUUUGCAGUUGACUCUUGGAUCACCAAGUCAGCGCGAAAAAUACCAAUGUACAAGUGAUGUGAAUGACCUUCUGGUUCGAGAGCUACCUGGCGAAGUGAUCAUCGCCGACAACCUCCUACCACAGUACCUGAAGAUGCCGAUCACAAGCAAGGUCAUGGUACGUCAUCACACUCGAGUUGAGCGAAAAAGCACCAAUAAAAUAUAGAUGGCUGAAAAAUUGAAUGUCUCCUGCCACCCAACCCCCUUUCCCCUCCUUCCUCUCCCUCCCGAUAUUCGCGUUGAUGAGCAAAGAUUCCUUGCAAACAGUUGUAUGUCUUUUUAUCACCAUUCAUCAGUGCAUUGCUGUGCAUGCUUUCCAGUUGGUUCUAUCAAAUGAUUGCGUUGACCCCACAUUGCAUACCCUAUGCAAAUUGUUCUAGGCAAACUAUAGCAGUGCUAUUAGGUGGAGAUUAGACAAUUAGAAAAGAUUGCGGAUAUUCGCCUCGGUAAAUUGUCAUACUGUAGUAUACUGUUGUGCAUCUGGCCACUGCCAUUCAGCUUGGGUCUAAUACACAGCUAGGAACACACAGUCAUGUGCCGUACUACUACUGCACAGAGAACCACUAGCUAGACUCCCGCAGCGAAUCAUAUCCACUACUCACGCGUGUAUACAUAAUUAUCCACUUAGCUCUUCUCCAUUGUAGUGGGAGUGUGUUCGCAUUCUAGCAUAUUUUAAAUUUUCUAUUUAAUUUUUUUUUAAUACUUCAAAGAGUUCUUCCGCUUUUCCUUCUA